AUGGACCCUGAACUCAUUGACUUUGUUGACUGGCAGAAGGUGGCUGAAAAAAUGGCUUUCUUACGUCCUGUUGAAGUCAAACUUGUUCCCGUGUCCUUGGAAGGCAUUGCCUUUAGGACUAAAGUCCUUAACACAGAUGAACUCAUGAACUAUACUAGCUUGAUUGCAACUAUUUCACAGAUUUUAGUGGUAGUAUUCCCACAUGGUUGUACUCAGAACUAUCAAGCUAUUUCUCUUGGGUUUGAUUCUUCAAGGUAUUCAUAUAGUGAGAGUUGGGGGAAUUUCACUGCUCAUUUGUGGUUUGAAGGAGCACAGAAAGGAAACCAUGGAAGCACUUGA